UCAAAACAUAACAGUGUCCAUUUGGGAACAACAGAGCGGAAACGUUUGAGGCCCGCCCGAAUUUACCCGAAGGGCCGAUGUCGGCCAAUUUCGCGUAAACGAAGAAGCCGAACUGAUCUGGGGGCAUUGCUUUCACUGUGUUCGGGAUUAGUGAUAUUGAUAAUAACAACAGCAGUAGUAGAUCGAGAUCGAGAUCGAGGAGAUGGACUCGUCGGAAGGUCCAGCAGAUGAGGCGGCCACUGUGGCCGGUCUCAUUCCGCUCGCCUCCGUCUGUCACCAACCCUAUGUUUCGGAACUCCUCUCCUUCACUCUCGAUCGCCUUCACAAGGAGCCGGAGCUUCUGCGGGUGGAUGCGGAGAGAAUUCGAAGGCAGAUGCAAGAGGUGGCGGUUGCCAACUACCGCGCUUUCAUUUCCGCUGCCGAUGCGUUGCUCGCCAUUCGGCUGGAGGUUUCUUCUAUUGACAAGCAUCUCGAUUCUCUGAUGGCCGAAAUCCCGAAGUUAACAUCUGGUUGCACAGAAUUCGUAGACUCUGCAGAACUGAUUUUGGAAAAGAGGAAGAUGAACCAGACAUUGCUAGCUAAUCAUAGUACUUUGCUUGACUUGCUUGAAAUUCCCCAGCUUAUGGACACGUGUGUGAGGAAUGGAAAUUAUGAUGAAGCUCUGGACUUGGAAGCAUUUGUUUGCAAACUUUCAACAAUGCAUCCAAAGAUACCUGUUAUUCAAGCGCUCACUGCAGAAGUUAAGCAGACCACCCAAUCUCUUCUUUCUCAGCUUUUACAGAAACUUCGAUCAAACAUUCAGUUGCCAGAAUGUCUCCGCAUUAUUGGAUAUUUACGUCGAAUAGGAGUAUUUAGUGAAUAUGAAAUGCAUCUACAGUUUUUGAGAUGCCGAGAGGCAUGGCUUAGUGGAAUUCUAGAUGAUCUAGACCAAAGAAAUGCUUACGAAUACUUGAAAGGGAUGGUAAACUGUUACAGAAUGCAUCUAUUUGAUGUUGUUAACCAAUACCGGGCCAUAUUUUCUGAUGAUACAUCAGGAAGUGAGGAAAACUAUGAUGGUGGGCUUCUUUUUAGCUGGGCCAUGCAUCAAAUAACCUCUCUCCUUAGAACACUCAAGGUCAUGCUCCCCAAAAUAACUGAAGGCGGGUCUUUGUCCAACAUCCUGGAUCAAUGCAUGUAUUGUGCCAUGGGACUCGGUUGGGUUGGAUUGGACUUUCGAGGCUUGCUUCCUUCGCUUUUUGAAGAGGCUGUUCUUGACUUAUUCUCAAAGAAUAUGAAUACAGCUGUUGAGAAUUUUCAGUUAGUCUUGGAUUCACAUCGCUGGGUCCCAUUACCAGCAGUUGGCUUUUCAGCCAAUAGUAUAGGUCAAGAUAGCCAGGAAGAUGUGACUCCACCUUCAAGUCUAAUGGAGCAUCCCCCACUGGCUGUGUUUGUGAAUGGUGUAUCUGCAGCAAUGAAUGACUUACGUCCUUGUGCCCCAAUAAGCUUGAAACAUGUUCUGGCUCAGGAAUUGGUCAAGGGGGUGCAGGCUGUUUCUGAUUCUUUGCUGAGGUACAGUACAACUAGGAUGCUCAAAGAGAACGAGUCCAUGCUUUUCCUCUCACUUUGCCGGUCAUUUCUUGAGGUUGCUUAUCCACACUGUGUUACGUGCUUUGGUCGGUGUUAUCCCGGUGGGGCUGACCUUAUCGCAGAUGCAAAGGAUUUAUUUGAGGGCGUCCGGCGGCUACUGGCUACUUCUUCGCCAAAGGAAUUGCCAAAACCAGUCCAAACUGCGGAGGGAAAAAGUGUACCCGAAAAUGGCAAUGCUCCUGUGGUGGAAAACGGGGAUGCUCUCGAUACUGAACAGACGCCCGAUUCCAAUACUGACGACGAGCAGAACAUCGCUCACCGACCCAAGGAAGAGCUUUCUAGUUAUAGUGCAUGAUUAUGAAAGCAUCUGCGUGAACUAUGGAAAUUUAUACAAAACAAAAAUUUUGCAAAUCACUGGGUCCUUGAUUGUACAAGUUAGGGCACAUCCAUCUUGUAGAUGCGCUAAAAAAAGUUCUUUUGUAACGUGGUAGCGGUUUAGGCGCAGAGUUUCCCCAGUGAGGUGAGAGUUUUCUUAUUUUGAGUCGCAGUAUAUAUUCUUUUCAUUAAUUAGUAGCAAAAUUCCAUGAAAUAUGAAGGAAAAGAUGAUGCCAGUAAUGAAUGCAUGCAUGGAUGGUAGUUGUUGAA